UGACCUCUAGAAACGCUGCAUGCUGCAAAGAUGCCUCGGAAGAAGGUGGACAAUCGUAUUCGUGUGCUGAUCGAGAAUGGCGUGGCAGGUCGGCGGAGGAGUCUGGUGGUCGUGGUGGGAGAGAAGUCACGUGAUCAGGUCGUUCUGCUGCACCACAUGUUGUCCAAGGCCUCGGUGAAGGCGCGACCCUCCGUACUGUGGUGCUACAAGAAGGAGCUUGGUUUCAGCAGCCACAGGAAGAAGAGAAUGAAACUGCUUCAGAAAAGGAUCAAGAGCGGCGCGAUGGACGUGCGGGAGGACGAUCCGUUCGAUCUGUUCAUCUCCUCCACUGACAUCCGUUACUGCUAUUACUCUGAGACGCACAAGAUCCUUGGUAACACCUUUGGGAUGUGUGUGCUGCAGGAUUUCGAGGCGCUGACUCCCAACCUGCUUGCCAGGACUGUGGAAACUGUGGAGGGGGGAGGGCUUGUCCUCAUCCUACUCCGUACUUUGACCUCCCUACAGCAGUUGGUCACCAUGACAAUGGAUGUUCAUGCCAGAUUCAGGACUGAGAGUCAUCAAGAUGUAGUCGGAAGAUUCAACGAGCGGUUUCUUCUUUCUCUUGCUGAUUGUCCGAGCUGUGUUGUCAUUGACGACCACCUCAAUGUCUUACCAAUCUCCUCCCACUCCCUCUCUCUCUCUGCAUCUACUCCCUCUAGUCAGGGAGAGAAUUCUCCCUCGCAGAGAGAACUGAGUGCUCUACAGCAGUCAAUGGCAGAUACUCAACCUGUUGGACCUCUCCUCUCCUCCUGCCUCACUCUGGACCAGGCCAAAGCUCUGUUGGUGCUUGUUGAGGCCCUCUCGGAACAGACACUUAGAUCAACUGUUGCCGUGACAGCAGCCAGGGGGAGGGGUAAAUCGGCUGCACUGGGACUGUCGAUAGCAGCAGCGGUUGCCUUUGGCUACUCAAACAUUUUCCUUACUUCACCUUCACCCGAGAACUUGAGGACUGUGUUUCAGUUUGUGUUCAGAGGAUUUGACUGCCUCCACUAUACAGAACACCAGGACUACGAGGCGGUGCAGUCCACUAACCCCAACUUCAACAAAGCCGUCGUCAGAGUGAACGUUUUCCACGAGCACAGACAGACUGUACAAUACAUCCACCCCUCCGACUGCCACAAGUUGGGCCAGGCAGAGCUCCUCUGCAUUGACGAAGCAGCUGCUAUUCCUCUCCCCCUCGUCCGCAAUCUGAUUGGUCCAUAUCUGGUGUUCAUGGCGUCCACCGUCAACGGGUACGAGGGAACGGGGAGGUCCCUGUCCCUAAAGCUUAUCAGCCAGCUGCGGCAGGGGAGUGGAGUUGGCGGGGGAGGUGGGCGUGUCCUAAAGGAGGUGGAGCUAGAGGAGCCAGUCAGGUACUCGGCAGGUGACGGUGUGGAGAGGUGGCUGUAUGACCUGCUGUGUCUGGACUCAGCCAAGAUUUCCAGGACUGUGGCUGGCUGUCCGUCUCCUGCCGAUUGUGAACUUUACCACGUGAACAGAGACACUCUGUUCUCCCACCACAAAGCCAGCGAAGUAUUCCUGCAUCGCCUCAUGUCACUCUACGUCUCUUCUCACUACAAGAACACUCCAAACGACAUCCAACUCCUCUCAGACGCACCUGCUCACCAGGUCUUUGCUCUGGUGCCCCCAGUUCUUCCCUCCUCCACCUCCCUUCCUGACAUCCUCUGCGUACUACAGGUGUGUCUUGAAGGAGGGAUAAGUCGACGUUCAGUUAUGAAGAGUCUGUCGCGAGGCAAGCGAGCGUCGGGUGACCUAAUCCCCUGGACCGUAUCACAGCAGUUUGCUGACAGUAACUUUGCCGCUUUGUCCGGGGCCAGAGUUGUGAGAAUAGCAGUCCAUCCUGACCUCCAGGGGAUGGGAUACGGCUCUCGAGCUCUGUCUCUCCUCCAUGACUACUUCUCUGGGAAACUUGCUCCCUUGGCUGAGGCCCCAGCAGUGGAGUCUGCCACUGCCUCGACCACCACUGAGGUGGAAGUUAGUCUUCUGAAAGAGACGAUAGCUCCACGAACUAACCUCCCUCCUCUCCUCUGUCGUCUUGAAGACCGGCCCCCUGAGACUCUGGACUACAUUGGAGUGUCGUAUGGUCUAACUCUGCAGUUAUACAGGUUUUGGAGUCGACUUGGCUAUGUUCCAGUGUACCUCAGACAGACACCAGUGAGUUGUGGCUUCUCUCACUGUGUACUCUCCACCUUCUCUGAUAUCUGCUAGAAUGACCUGACAGGAGAGCACAGCUGUAUCAUGCUGAGACCUUUCACUGCUGAACACAUGUGGCUUACUGAAUACAACACUGGUAUUAUAUGACCCACAAACUACUUGCUUUCACCCUCUCUCCUUUCUCUCUGCAGACUUCAGGAAGAGGUUCCUAGCCUUACUGUCCUACCAGUUCAGGAAGUUUCCCCCAGCCCUGGCUCUCACACUGUCUAGAUCUCCCUCCAGUGGAAAAGGAGAGCUGAGUCUGGAGAAAAUGGAGACUCUGUUUUCCCCUCACGACCUCAAGAGACUGGAGCUGUACUCUCGGAACAUGGCUGACCACCACCUCAUUACUGACCUCCUGCCAGCGUUGGCUCAGAUCCAGUUCAGUGAGAGUGUCCUUCACCUCUCAGCAGCACAAAGUGCAAUACUCCUUGGACUUGGACUGCAGCACAAGACAGUGGAUGAUCUCCAGAAGGAACUGGAUCUUCCGGCCAGCCAAGUUCUUGGCCUGUUCAACAGAGUAAUCCGCAAGUUUGUUCAGGUGUUCAACUCACUGUCAGAGGCUGCGGUGGAGGAGACACUACCACCAGCUGCUGCUGACAGAGGAGACAUGAAACCAGUUGCUGUUGGUCUCGGCAGAGAGCUGAGAGAGGCUGCAGAUGAGUUUGAGACGAAACAGAACAGAGGAGAGCAGAGUUGCAGGAGAUGGACCUCUCCUGCUAUGUAGUGGGUGGAGUCGAGGAGGAGUGGGCGGAGUCUUUGGCCAGUGGGGAGCCUGGCAUUGUCAGUGUGAGGAGCCACAAACGGAAAAGAGGCCGUGAAAAAGACGGGCAAGGAGAUGGCAAGUCAAGUAAAGCUUAGAAAGUAGACCGAAAAGACACAAAGUCAUUGACUAACCUACAUGCUGUAAUGUGAACGACAUGCUGUAAUGUGAACGACAUGCUGUAAUGUGAACGACAUGCUGUAAUGUGAACAAUUUGGAUAUGAAGUAUAUAUACACACUUCAUG